AUGACGGAGAAGCAGGCACGGCGUCCACCUGUGGCGCCCAAGCCCUCGUUCAUUCACCAAGAUGCUACUACAGUAAAGAUCUCUCCGCUGCCUUCGCCGGCCUUGCAGGGUGCUACUACCGCCUUCGGCCCCGGACCGGUCAAAGUCUCCAAUGCCGUAUCUUCACAUAAUCCGUCGACAGGAGCAUUGCUUGCUGCAACCGCCGCGGCCGGCAAGAGGCAACAGGCGCAGCAACAGGCGCAGCAACAGCACUGGCAAAAUGCUCCGAAAAAUGGCCUGGUCGCUCAGCUACAGUCAUCGGGAUCCCGCGGUCGCCAACCUGCCACUAGAAAUGAAUCAUUCGCGGCUAGCCAGUCCUCCCCGUCCCCUCCAAAGGCUCGUUUCCAGCCGCAUUCUCCUCAGUCCACCACCUCUGCCGUUGCUCAAGUGGCAGCCUCGGCCGCAACAAGUCCCGUCCGCCAGCCCGAAUCAAAAGAAGACUUGACCUCGUUAUACCUCCCUGGAAUUGAACGGUUAGAUGGAAUGCGCCUGCGUUCAAGAAGCACCAGCAGCGUGCAGAGCGAUACGGUUCUGUCUGCUCAAAGAAGUCCGGCCGCACUUGCAGGGGCCAUAGCUUCAAUGACCAAUGCUCCAGUUCAAGACCGAGGACAGAUCGAGGACAAGCAAAAGACUGAUUUGAGCGGCAUCUCACACCUGUUCUUGUCACCAUCGCACCCUUCCACGGGGUCAAGUCCAUCUCCUUCUCCAUCUGGGACAGCGGCGGCCGCCGUGGCGACUAGGAAUGCUGCUGCUGCUGCUGCUGCGACCGCGGAGGCGAGGCGACGAGAGGAGUCUGUGUUCGGCGAGAGUAGGCUGAGUGACUCGUUUUCCGAGAAUGUUGCGUUGUCCCCAUCACUAGCGAAAGGUUCAAGCUGGCCAGAGAUCAAACUGACUCCGCCGGAAACCAAUUCGGAUACGGAUUCCGAGUCUCUCGACGAUUAUGAGUCUGCUCCGGAGACUCCUCAAGAGCCACGUUCAGCGCCUGUCCCGCUGAGGAGGCCAGGCCGCGCGGCAACUGUCGCUCAAGAGAACGCCAAUGCUCACAACGCCGAGGCUCCCAUCUUGGACGCUCGUACCAAAAUGACGGCAAGCUCGCUCGCCGAUGCAAUGGUGGCUUCGUCACUAGCAUCACAGCAAUCUGCCUCGCGCGUUGCAUCCCCAGCAAGAAACGGCCAGCCGCCACCUCCACCUCCGAAACCGCGCCGACGAUCAAGGUCGGCAAGUCUAUUCGAAACUGGCAAACCACACCUCCCGUUCCUCGGUCGUGGCAGCGAGACGGCGCCACAAACACCAAAGUUGCCUCCGCGCAAGCAAAGGCCUAUGAGGCAAACAAUGCGGAGUCCAUCGCCGGACCAUCGUGAAAAAGACGACGAACCGGCCAAACGAGGCCGCCGACAUUGGCGACGCCAUCCCAACAUGCACCAUGAAGGCGACCGCAAGAGAUGGCGCGACCUUGUGACCGACCGAGAACGCAAACGGUACGAAGGAGUGUGGGCGGCAAACAGGGGUCUUUUGGUCGAUCUGGACCUCGCCAUUCUCGAGGCCCUGCAGGAGCAAUCACAACAUUCACAACAACAACAGCAGCAGCAGCAGCCACAACACCCCGCCCACAAAAAUAUUGUGAAUCCCGCCGAUUUGGUGGUCAAUGUCGUGGUGCGGGAUAUCUGGGAGCGCAGCCGCCUCCCCAAGGACGUUCUAGAAGAGGUCUGGGACCUCGUGGCCGCGCCGGGAGCCACAGCCGUGAACCGCGAAGAGUUUGUGAUCGGCCUGUGGCUGAUCGACCAGCGGCUCAAGGGCCGCAAACUGCCCGUCAAGGUGUCGCCGAGCGUGUGGCAGAGCGUACGGCAUCCGCAGGGCGUGAGGAUUCGCAACAAAUCGAUGCACAAGUAG